UGCUCAAAUCAACUCACUGCUUCUCUUUCUACUCCCGUAGGGCAUUGUGGGAAAUGUAGGCGGGCCCGCGGUCGAGGGGAGCGCCAGAGGCAGUACUGCCAGAAAGACUUCGUGUUCCGUGCCAAAGUCAUGAGCAAGCUGUACCGGGGCGAGGAGACGCGCUACGAUGUCCAGAUCAUCCACACCUACCACAAUCGCUUCCGCCUGGAGCACCGCGAGUUCCUGUGGGUGCCCAACGUGUGUGACUGCCCCCCUCUGGAGGAAGGGCGCCAGUACGUACUGAUGGUGCGUCGCCACAUUAACAACGAGCAGACGUUGAACCGGAUACUAAUGGAGGAGGACAGCUACGCAAUACCCUAUAAACCUAGAGAGGACGCUCUGUUGCGCCCCCUGGAGGAUCUGUGUAGUAACAGAGGGCCCAGGCCACCUGCGGAACUGAGAGGCGGCUAUGCCUAGACAUAGAGAUGUACAGUAUACACGUGCACACCUAGAUGCACACAUACUUUGACUGUCAUGACUCCUUAACACUCCUCAAGACUGAGCACUUCUGAUGGUGAAUCAGACAAACAAUGGGGCUGCAUGUGUGUGUCUGUGUGUGACAUUAAAAUCCCGUACACCCCUACGCAACAACUUCCUGCCUCUGGCCCUUCAAAAGACACACAGAGAGCAACAGAACCACUAGAAUUCCAAAAUGGGGGAACUGAAAAUGGCGGAGGCAAACACUAGUUGAACUCUGGGAAGAGACUAUACUCAGGGUGACCCAGUAGAUCUGCCAGUCAGCGUGAUAAGAAGGCAAAGCCCUCAAAGAGCAAUGCAAAAGCUGACCAGCUCACAAAGUAUAGCACUUUAGGUGGAUGUUAUCACCCACCUUUAAAACUUACCAAAGAGAAGAAUAUAUCCACUUCAAUGGCCAAGAAUUUGUGUUUUGUUUUGUUCCCUUUGCUAACUAGAUAACUGACUAUAACUAUCUGCCUGGGUUACUAACAGGCAGUGUUGGGGAAGCUACUCUGAAAAUAUAGUUUAUAGCUUGUAUCAAUUACUUCACACUGGAAGAGGUUAAGCUACACUUCGGCCUAGAUUCAAUCAGAUCAAGCGUUAACCGGCGAUAGCAGACACCUGCAUAGCUGAUGUUUUGACGGUGCCGGAGAUGUAACUGUGUUGGAGCUGUCAAAUUGGUGAAGAGCUACUCUUCAUCAUUGUCACUCAAGUUAGAUAUUCAGAAUGACAAAGUGUAGGCUAUAUAGAAAUAAUGACUCUCAAAUUGAAUAUCAUUAGCCUAAAGAAAAUAAUGAGGAUUUCUAUCAGCUGAAUCGAGGUGUAGAUCACAUCUCAUAUUCCGUGUUUCGAACUUGUAAAUAAGGCUCGCAUGCGAUUUCACUUAAUGCGACUCCGUGCAGCCAAUAGCAAUGUCCGCUUCAGGUAUAAUGCCAGGAUCUGCUCUAACGCAGUUCCACCUCCGACACUGCCUGAACAACUGCUAUGCGGAUGUCGGCUAAAGCGGAUCUGAUUGAAUAGAACCAUUACGCUACCCUAAAGAAAAAUAUAGUUGACUUUAAUAGUUACUUUGAAAAAGUAGUUCACUACAUCCAAACUACUUCGUAAAAAUCUAUCAUAUCUAAAUCUGAAAUGUCAUCGACUACACAGUUAAGAAAAAUGACUGCAAGAACACAUCAAUCUGGAGUCAGAUGUUAACAGUGUAGUGAGAUCUGUGGGACAGCCAGAGUGAGUGCUUUGGGUUAGCCCAGUGGCCAGGGAGAGAGAGAAAAAUAAGGGGUAGUUGAAUAAAUGUAGUGGGCAGUUCCAGUAGAUAGCUACAUGGCUAAAACAAGUAAUUAACUACCAAAGACACUACAAAGAUUUGAAUGUAGUUACUACAAAAUAUAGGUAAAUUACUAACUGAAUUAAAUGUAGUGGAACUACUCCCCAGGACUGCUAACAGUUCAGUCUCUCUAUGUCAAAAUAAAUGUGACACUUUACUUUCUUCUCAUACCUAAGAUGUAUAAAACUACAUAUUGUUCCAUAUUGUAUUUAUGUGGCAAAAUAAUAUCUAGAUCAUAACAUUUAUAUUUGUGUUUUGCUUCUAAAAUAUAGUAUUUUUUUACAUUAAUUUGCUCUUAUACCUGUGUAGUAACCGUGUCAUUAAUUACACUAGUAGCAUUGUAGUUACAUGUUAUAGCACAGUACUUCAUGAAUUGCAUUGUAAUUGCGUAGUGAUGGGGUUGAGUUUAUUUCACUUGUGUAGUAACAGAAACCGCUCAACUCUACUACUAUUACUAUGCAUUUAAAUCUACACUGACAUAAGAGCAAGUUAAUGUAAAGUGUUACUGUGUUUUGAAAUUUUAAAUCAAUCAGGUUCCCUUAGUCUGUUUUGUUAGGUCUCCUAUUGUCUAAUUCACAUGAAUAUUUACUUUUGUGAGAAACAAAAAUAUGUAUUAUUCAGUAUUUUAUAUUGGUGUGGCACUGAGUAGCUACAAAUAUAAGAAACAUAUUUCAUUUGAAUGACUGGUGAAUUAUGUGCAGUCUAUUCCUAUACAUUAACUAUGCUGUAACAAGUUAUUUUUUAUUAUAAGGUUUAAAAAAUUGGCCAACACAUUGCUUUCUUUAACACCACCGACACCACAUUUUACAAGGCCUUUUACAAGGUCUGUACUCAUAUGCAUUUUUGUGUAGUUUGUAUAAGUAGAUUACCCUAGAAACAUCAUUCAAACUUUAAAACCUGCUGAGUGCUUGCAUAAAACUUUUUGAUAGUUUAAAAAGUAUUUUUUUAAAUGAAACUAUUUUAUUUCCCAUCUUCAUUCAAUUCCAUGGGAUUUCUAAAGAUCCCAUUGUGACAAUAUCAACUUCCAGACUUCUAACAUUCCAUUCACUGCAACUUUUGACAAAUCAGCUGACCAGUUUCUCAACAAGUUAGAUACAUUGGGCAUUUGAUAUCUUCCACUACUUCUCUGCUAUUCAAAUCUGGAAUCAGAACAGAAGUAUCUGCUGUUUGAGUUGAGUAGAGAAAAUUAGCUGGCUAACUUCAGCUAACAGCUCUCUCAUGUCUCUUCAUUAAGUCGUUGCUAUGGAUACUCACACUCUCAGGGAAAGUAAAGCAGAGGGUGAAAAGGGUGGAUGAAGAAUUGUGAACAACAAGAAAGCAGCUACUACUCCAGAGGUGGCAGCCAAGGCAACAGCGUGUCGUCCUCCUCAGCACGGUGGUGUACAUACCUCAACUGGCUAGUUGCCUGUCUGUAAAGAGAAGGGAGGGCUGUAUGUUGAUCCUGCUGUUCUGAUUGGAUAGAGUGAAGCUGUCUCUGUUCACUUGCUUCAUAUUUCACUUGAUCACUUCUCAUCGCAUGUUUCGAUCUGAUCAUUUAGACUGCUGCUGCCUCCUGUUAGCCUGCUGCUAUGAUAAAGUACAUCAACAGGAGAGGUUUGCUAGCGAACUAUCAAUGUGCUUAAUAUCUAACAAGCGAAGCGAGAGUAGGGAAAGAAGAAAGGCUGAUGCACAUUGACUUUUUAUUUUUUGUACGUGAAACCUUUUCACACGCAACAACUGUAGUUUAGAUAUUUGAAUUUGAAUGAGCGUGUGUAGCCUAUUCCGUUCAGUCAGAAUACUUUCUGAGUUGGAAAAGGAGUGUGUGUGUGCGUGCAUAUGUCUACACUUUGUGUAGCCAUUAGCAAUGAUGGUAAUGAUAAACGUCUUCUGGUAGAGAUAGAAAGGCUUUUCCCAAAACCUUCUCAAUUAAAUGUUAACUACAAAGUAGCCUAUGCCUACCUGGCAGAAUGAUAUGAUUAUUUGCAUCAAUCCAGUGGCCAUUUGUUUUGCAAAUUCUGCAAUCAUAUGAGCGCCACAGAAACAACACUAACCAAACAGUCUCUUCCUGGUGCACAGUUGCAUUAAAGGGUAACUACACCCAAAAAUUGAAAUUAUUUUCUAUUUUUCACAGACCUCAAAAGUGGUGCCCUGAUGUGGUUCAAGCAUUGUUGUGGACUUGGAACAUCCAUUUUUGUUGUUAUGUGUAAAAAAAAUUAAAAGGUGUGAUUUCUGAGAGCGAAAA